GCCGGCCUUGCUGGAGUCGCGAUGGACCUGCGGAUCCUGGAGCACCGGGUGCGGGUGCUGAGCAUCGCCCGCGGGGGCCUCUGGCUCUACAUGCACCCGCUCCUCAAGAUGCUGCUCCUGCCGCAGCGUAGCAGGUGCAAAUUCUUCAGCUUAACCGAGACUCCUGAAGACUAUACUGUUAUAUUGGAUGAAGAAGGCUUUAAAGAGCUACCCCCGUCCGAGUUCUUGCAAGUGGUAGAUUCUACCUGGCUGGUGCUCAACGUCUUGUCCAAUGGCAGCUCUUCCGCCAACAUCCAGCCCAUUGGCGUCACCAAGAUCGCCAAAUCUGUCAUUGCACCAUUGGCGGAGCACAACGUCUCGGUACUGAUGCUCUCCACCUACCAGACUGACUUCAUUCUGGUGCGGGAGAAAGACUUGCCUGUUGUGAUUCACACACUGGAAGGCGAGUUUGAUAUUUACAAGGAGGUGAAUGGGGAGCCAGUCCCUGCAAACUGUGAUGAGGCAAGCAACGGUUUCCUGAAGCCAAAACAAGCAGUGAAUGCCACUGUCCACCCAGUCCAGAGCCCUCAGAACAGGUUCUGCAUUCUGAGCGUUGCUCCUGACUCCUUGCCAGCCAUUGCCACCAUCCUCAUUGAUGUCCUGUUCUACUCACAUAGCUCUCAGUCCGAGUGUAGCCGCGGUUGUGCAGCAUGGAGUGGCAAGGAGUCUCGUUUGCUCAGAUGUCCCUCUUUGGGGAGGUGCCAGCCAGCUGUGUCACAUCUCAAAAUCUUUCACUUCUCUCCCAGGUUUCCCAGUGAUCUCCUGUUGACCAGCUCCUCAGGGGAGCUCUGGAGGAUGGUGAGAAUCGGCGGGCAGCCCUUGGGCUUUGAUGAAUGUGGGAUCGUGGCUCAGAUUGCAGAGCCUCUGGCCGAUGCGGACAUAUCUGCUUACUACAUCAGCACCUUCAACUUUGACCAUGCCUUGGUCCCAGAGGAAGGCAUUGACCACGUCACGGAAGUGCUCCAGAAACGGCAGGAGAGCCAGAGAUAGCUGUUUGGCACAGCCUUGACAUGCCUCCAGUGCCUACUAGAGAAAGCAAGCCAGCGGAAAAUGCCCCAGCCGUGCUUGAUAGCGGUGUUCCUGACUCAAGGAAGGAAGCACUCCUCGGCGUGAGCCAGCCCACCGCCUUUUUCUUUUCUUGGAGAGCCGUCCGUUCCAUGCAGAGCAUAUUGGGGGUGGGCUGUUCUUUGCUUCCCAGAAAGGGGGAGUCCGUGCUUGCUUUUGGAUACUUUUCCAGAACCUGGCUAACUGUGGCCAGUGUCAGUAUUACCCAGCACAGCUCUUGGCCUUUCAGCCCCUUCGGUCCUUUAAUCGUGUUGCAUCUGGAGCAAAGGAGGAGGAUUUCUAUCCAUGGUGGGUUCUGGGGGAGAGUCUCCUAUUUUGCACAUUUCAGUACUGAGCUUUCCCGACUGAGAAUCAAGCCUGGAGAUGUUUUAGGUGGUGGGGAGGUAUCUUUUGUUGUUGAUAAGAGUUGGAAACCGAUCCAUGUUAUCCAUCGCUAGGUGUGGUGGAGUGUUGUUUUAAAGGUGUUGUCUUAACAGAUGAUAUUGGGGCUGUUUCAUAUGUCCUCGAGAAGUGAGCCAGAUACUGACUUUCACUUCUGCUCCUGUCCCAAAGUCUGGGACCAGCGGGUUCCCGUAGAGCUUUCAGGUGCUCUGGACAGGGCUUCCCUGAGGCUGGGGUUGUGCCGUCCACUAACAGUAUUAAGCUAACACGUUAA